AUUAACCGUUCAGUAUCACGAAGCCAUCAUUUGAGUGGGAAAUUUGCGUAUUUUGCAGUUUGUGUUCUCUUCUUGGGAAGAAGAUAGAAGUAAUAAAACCCUACAACACAAUAACUCUCUUUCAUUUUCACAUUCACAGUCACAGUCACACCAAUGGCUUUGACAAUCUCAAACACACUCCACUGCCCUAAAUUCAAUUUCUCCCGCAACUAUUUCCCUCCCCAAAUUUCAACCUCUCUCAGGUUUCCCAAGAGAACAACAUGGAAUGACAGAAAAAUUAUCUGUGCUUCUGCAUCUGCAGCAGGAAGUACUAAUCCUAAUGGUGACUUAAAUCCUUAUGAGGUUCUAGGUGUAAGCCCUAUUGAGAAGUUUGAUAUGAUCAAGGCAGCAUAUACCAAAAAAAAGAAAGAGGCUGAGAUAAAUGGCGACGAAGCAACUGCUUCCAGACUAGAAAAGGCAUAUGACAAAGUUAUGAUGGCUCAAUUGAGUAAUCGGAAAAAGGGUGUGACGUUUGGAUCAUUUAAGGUUUCAAAGGAUAUAAAGUAUGCUGACAAGCAGCCAAUUAUACCUUGGGGGCCAAGGUUUGCUAAAUCAAGUGAAAAUGAUAUGCGCAUCAACUUGGCAGUUGCUGCUGCUUUUACAGCUUGGAUCGUGGUCACUCGCAGUGCUGAAUAUAAACCCUUGCAGUUUUUAGCCUUUGCUUUUGUUUAUAGGCUUUUUGAGAAAUUAAAAUCCUUUGAAUCUCCUAAAAGCCCCACAGUAAAUGCAGAUGGUGAAGAUCCAGGAGAAGGACUGCGCAUGGGAAAGAGACUGCUCCGGUCGCUGGCCUUGGUUUUUGGAUGUGUAGCUGUUUCAUCCUUGGCAUACACUUUCGUUUUGAACAUAAUUGAGUCUGCUAGUGGUUAUAUUCCAUCUCUUCUUUACAACAGUCAGGAGUUGAUAAUCACCGCAUCAUCGGCUAUCAUGCUUUAUAUUUUGACAUCUUUUUAUAGAUAGUGGACCUUUCUUGAAGACGUAGAAACCAGGCAUUCUUGUCUAGUCAUAAUUGGAAUAAUGUGUUCCUAUUCUUCUUCUUUAGUAGAUUUUUUUUUCUCCUUCUCGUUUUCGUUUCUAUUCUCUUGUGAAUUGAUUCGUUCGGUGUUUCACUCAAAUUUUGUCAAAAGGGAAGUACAUUUCCUUAUAAUGUAGAAUAGUGUUGUUCAUUUCAAGUUUUGUUCCAUUGUCUAUUUUGGUCGGCAAGUUUUGUUCUACUUGAAUGUUGUGUAUCCAUAAUUAAUGACGCUUCACAAUCAGGUUAAAUUGCUAA